AUGGCGAACACUGUUGCCUUUACCAACGUCGAGGAGCUUCGAGCCUUCAUGGAGGACAAAAAGGACGGUCUUCGAGAUGGGCGGCACACCUAUCAGUUUCUGAGUGUCAUAGACUUCCCCCUUGACGUGUAUGAAGCUCUAGACAACCUUCGGUUAGGGGCACGUUUUACGUAUGACUUCCUGACCCAGGAACUCGGAAUCCGAUUGAUACCAGGCGAAGGCCAUGAGCGAGCCCAUACGUCUUUGAUAUGGAAUAUGAAAACCAAAUUAAUGGAUCUCGGGGCACCGGCUAGAGAAGUCGACUUUCCUGCAGCUACCCGGGGCCAGGGCUUCCCCCAACCAUCGUUAUUGAAUCCGGGGGCCAACGUCGUUCUCCUGGUUGAUCUCAAUUCGGCAAAAGGAGCAGUCGCAAGCGAAGUUUUGAAACGAGCUGAGGUACCUAGGACACUUCGAGCGACUAGGGGCAUGGUCGUUUACUCUUCAGAGCCAAGAUGUAUCGCGACGAUCAAGCUGAUACCGAUAAACUCUGAUACCAACGACUAUAGGGCGGACGGAGAGCUUCGCAUCAACUUCGUUGACCUUAUGCUGCGGCAGCACCCUGCUGGGGGUAACCAGAUUGCCUUUACCGGUCAGGAACUGGAGGAAUGGGCACAGGAUUUAUUUUCGCCUUCAAACAACGUUUCAAUAAACAAUUUCAAUUGGUCUCAAACCUACCUUCUAUACCUUCUUCUUUACGCGAUUUUCCUACGGAUAUUACCCGUCAUGGGGACCAAGAGAAAGUCGCCUAUUCCUUCUACCGAGGCGACGGACAGACCCGCGUCUAAGAAACCCUUCCUCCCCAAACUUGCACGCCUACCAGAGACAGUGAAAUCGUGGGAGGAAGAAGCGGCGAGACUUGGAGUGGAAACGACCUCCAUUAACGAUAUGAAGGUCCUCGAGCCCGGCUCCUCGAUUGCCGAAGACUGA